UUUGAGGUUUUAGAGAGAGAGACAGAGAGAGAGGAAAAGAAGAAAAGCAUUUUAGUUAUUUCAUAAUCGACAUGGCAACAAAGAAUCAUGAAACUGGGUAGAUAUAAAAAGACAAAUGCAGAAGCUUACAAAAGCUGAAUUCUCUUCCUGCAACACAUUCAGCUCCUUGUUUGAUAUGAUCUGCUUUGUGGCUACACCAUGCUACACAUUGUAAGUACAUUUAGUUAAAUGUCUUUGAUGGGUCUCCAAUGUUUAAAAGAGUUUUCUCACCUAGGAAAAAUUGUCUUUACCGUGCAAUUCCAUUUUGUUGUUGGCUAGAGUGUAAAACACUCCAAUUCUUAUACUAUUGUUGUUUUGUCUUUAUUUUCUUUUUCUUUUUCUGGUGUUCAGGAAGAAAGCAAAAAACUGGAAGUUCUUGCAUUUGAAUAUGAGACAGAUAUUGCUCCUUUGGAAGAGGAAUUGGCUGCUUCAUAUAGGGAAAAAGAAGAGGUUACAUCUAGAAAUGAGGGUAUGGCUUCAGAAAUAGAAGCCCUGUCCGAAGAGUUGAACAUAAUGAAACAAAAGAACAUUGGAGGACGAAAGUAUGACUUGUGCAAACAGGAGGAUCGCCAGAGCCCCCGUUGCAUAUUGGAGGCUAUGGGUACAUCUGAAUCAGAAGAUUCAGGUGAAAAAGUUCCUCACUGCACCCGCGUAGCUGGAAAUAACUGCAUUUGUACUAGAGUAUCCUCGUGCAAAACAAUGAAAUGCCAGUGCCGAGCUGCUGGGAGUAGUUGUAGGACAUCAUGUACUUGUGUGACUACAAAAUGCACCAACAGAGGAUCUGCCUCGAACAACGAGUUGGCAUGGGAUUGCCAGAGCCCCAGUUGCAUAUUGGAGGCUAUGGAUACAUCUGAAUCAGAAGAUUCAGGUGAAGACAGAGAUGAUGCUGAUUGGGUAAAGUCAGAAAAGAGGAGGACAAAUAAUUCUAAAGCCAUCAAAAGUGUCUCCUGUUUGUGUACCAGAUUCUCCUCGUGCAAAACAAUGAAAUGCCAGUGCCGAGCUGCUGGGAGUAGUUGUAGGACAUCAUGUACUUGUGUGGCUACAAAAUGCACCAACAGAGGAUCUGCCUCGAACGACGAGUUGGAUGAGUUGCCGGGAACAUAUAUUUUUGAAGACAAUGGGAGCAGUUCAGGGUCUGUUGAAAAAGAGAAGAGUUGCGCACUUGCUUUUCAUGGUGCCAUGUUACUUCAGAGUGCACUUGUCGAGAAGCCUUUCGAGGCAAAUGAUGAAAAUGGGCCUCUGUCCGACGACUCCGACAUUGGGAACACGUUGGCCAAGUCAAAAGCACCCAAGUCUAACCAGAGAAAGAAAUGAAAUCGCCUGGGACGUCAGUGAUGACUGAAGCAUCCUUUUCCUUUUUUAGCAACGCCUCAUGUACAGGCUUUUUUCACAUCAUUUUUAUACAUUACGCUGGCAAUAUAGGAUAGGUCAACUUUGCCCUGAAACCAUGACAGUAAAAGUCAUCUUUUGAAUAUUA